GUUUUAUUGGAGAUGUCUUGUAAGGGCUCAACGUGAAAGGCUGUGGGUGUGGCGGGAAACCGAAGUGGAGAAUCACAGAGCCCCAAAAAUGGGAUCGGAGGCGCCGCCGCUACCGAAAUGGGCGUCGAAGCCUUGCAUAAUGGGCAUCGACGAAGCUGGGCGCGGCCCUGUUUUAGGACCCAUGGUGUAUGGCUGUCUCUACUGCCCGCUCUCCUACCAGAAAGCAUUAUCCACAUUGAAUUUCGCAGAUUCAAAAACUCUAAAAGAAGAGAAGAGGGAAGAGUUAUUUGAGAAUUUGAAGGCUGAUGAAUCAAUUGGAUGGGCUGUUGAUGUUAUAGACCCAAGAGAGCUAAGUAAGAUAAAUCUCAAUGAAAUAUCACACGAUUCUGCCAUCGGCCUCAUCAACAAGGUCUUGAGCAUAGGUGUCCUUCUAACUGAGGUUUAUUUGGACACUGUUGGUGAUGCUGAGAAGUAUAGGCUAAAACUUUCCGAAAGAUUUCCUAAUAUCAUGUUUGUGGUUUCAAAGAAAGCUGACAGUCUUUAUCCAGUUGUAAGUGGUGCAAGCAUUGUUGCAAAGGUAACAAGGGAUAGAGCUUUGCGAGAUUGGGCGCUAGAUGAAACUGCAGAGGAUCUGCACAGAAAUUUUGGGUCUGGGUACCCGGCAGAUCCGCAUACAAAAGCUUGGCUGGAAGAUCACAAGCACCCAGUUUUUGGGUUCCCAACGCUGGUCCGUUUCAGUUGGGGAACAUGCACAUCUUAUUCUAAAGACUUUGUUGAUGUAUUAUGGGAAUCUGAUGACCCUGAUGAAGCUGGGAAUGGAAAGAGUAGCAAAAAGCAAAUGAAGUUAACCAGCGUCGGUUUCACCACACUGAAGAGAAAAACUGAAGACAUCGAAUCAAGUGACUAUUACAAAAACUGUAUAAUGACACAACAAAAAGAUCAGCUGCCAAUACACCAAAGGAGUCUAGCGGCUAACCCAAGCAAAGCACAAACUGAAGAAAAGCAAAAGACUACCAAAAAUUACUUCUUAUUCCCCCAACCCAAUUUCUCUUCGAACAACGAAGAACAACUAAACACGCCUGCAAUAGCGCACGCCACAAGGUCCGACGAAGGUGGUCAACGGAGCCGACGUCACAAGAGCUUCUCCAUCUUCGCCACGCACCACCGACGGGAGGUUUUAGCGCUUUCCGAACCGUCGCCAACAUCACCUUCGAUUCGAGAUCUACUCCAUGUCCGGCUUCUUCCUCUCGUCGUCGGCCGCCCGCCGCCUUGA